GCGGCCGGGAGCUGCAUGGGGGAGCGCGGGCCGCGCUCGGGAAGAUGCCCCGGCCAGAGCUGCCCCUGCCGGAGGGCUGGGAGGAGGCGCGCGACUUCGACGGCAAGGUCUAUUACAUAGAUCACACGAGCCGCACCACCAGCUGGAUCGACCCGCGGGACAGGUACACCAAACCGCUCACCUUUGCUGACUGCAUUAGUGAUGAGUUGCCACUAGGAUGGGAAGAGGCGUAUGACCCACAGGUUGGAGAUUACUUCAUAGACCACAACACCAAAACCACUCAGAUCGAGGACCCCCGGGUACAAUGGCGGCGGGAGCAGGAGCACAUGCUGAAGGAUUACCUGGUGGUGGCCCAGGAGGCCUUGAGCGCGCAGAAGGAGAUCUACCAGGUGAAGCGGCAGCGCCUGGAGCUUGCGCAGCAGGAGUAUCAGCAGCUGCAUGCCGUCUGGGAGCACAAGCUGGGCUCCCAGGUCAGCUUGGUGUCGGGUUCAUCAUCCAGCUCCAAGUAUGACCCUGAGAUCCUGAAAGCUGAAAUUGCCACCGCGAAAUCCCGGGUCAACAAGCUCAAGAGAGAGAUGGUUCACCUCCAGCAAGAGCUGCAGUUCAAAGAGCGUGGCUUUCAGACCCUGAAGAAAAUCGAUAAGAAAAUGUCUGAUGCUCAGGGCAGCUACAAACUGGAUGAAGCUCAGGCUGUCUUGAGAGAAACGAAAGCCAUCAAAAAGGCCAUCACUUGUGGAGAAAAAGAAAAGCAAGAUCUCAUUAAGAGCCUCGCCAUGCUGAAGGAUGGCUUCCGCACGGAAAGAGGGUCCCACUCUGACCUGUGGUCCAGCGGCAGCUCUCUGGAGAGUUCAGGUUUCCCACUGCCGAAACAGUACCUGGACGUGAGCUCCCAGACGGACAUCUCGGGAAGUUUUGGCACGAGCAGCAACAAUCAGUUGGCAGAGAAGGUCAGAUUGCGCCUUCAAUAUGAAGAGGCUAAGAGAAGGAUCGCCAACCUGAAGAUCCAGCUGGCCAAGCUUGACAGCGAGGCCUGGCCUGGAGUGCUGGACUCGGAAAGGGACCGGCUGAUCCUCAUCAACGAGAAGGAGGAGCUGCUGAAGGAGAUGCGCUUCAUCAGCCCCCGAAAGUGGACCCAGGGGGAGGUGGAACAGCUGGAGAUGGCCCGGAAGCGGCUGGAGAAGGAUCUGCAGGCAGCUCGGGACACGCAAAGCAAGGCCCUGACGGAGAGGUUAAAAUUGAACAGUAAGAGGAACCAACUGGUGAGAGAACUGGAGGAAGCCACCCGACAAGUAGCGGCUCUGCACUCCCAGCUGAAAAGCCUCUCAAGCAGCAUGCAGUCCCUGUCCUCCAGCAGCAGCCCUGGAUCCCUCACGUCCAGCCGGGGCUCCCUGGCCACCUCCAGCCUGGACUCCUCCACCUCAGCCAGCUUCACUGACCUCUACUAUGACCCCUUCGAGCAGCUGGACGCGGAGCUGCAGAGCAAGGUGGAGUUUUUGCUCCUGGAGGGGGCCAUGGGCUUCCGGCCCUCAGGCUGCAUCACCACCAUCCAUGAGGAUGAGGUGGCCAAGACCCAGAAGGUAGAGGGGGGCAGCCGCCUGCAGGCCCUGCGCUCCCUGUGUGGCACCCCGAAGUCCAUGACCUCCCUGUCCCCCCGCUCUUCCCUCUCCUCUCCAUCCCCGCCCUGCUCCCCCCUCAUUGCUGACCCCCUCCUGGCUGGAGAUGCUUUCCUGAGCCCUCUGGAGUUUGAAGACCCGGAGCUGAGUGCCACUCUCUGUGAACUGAGCCUCGGCGGCAGCACCCAGGACAAAUACCAGCUGGACGAACCAGGAACGGAAAGCAGACAGUUGGGCCAAGCUAUGAAUACAGCCCAGGGGUGCAGCCUGAAAGUGGCCUGUGUCUCAGCUGCUGUGUCGGAUGAAUCCGUGGCCGGGGACAGUGGUGUGUAUGAGGCUUCCGUGCAGAGACUGGGUGCUUCAGAAGCCGCUGCUUUUGACAGUGACGAAUCGGAAGCAGUGGGUACAACCCGGGUUCAGAUUGCCCUGAAGUACGAUGAGAAGAAUAAGCAGUUUGCAAUAUUAAUCAUCCAGCUCAGUAACCUUUCUGCUCUGUUGCUGCAACAAGACCAGAAAGUGAACAUUCGUGUAGCUAUCCUUCCCUGCUCCGAAAGCACCACCUGCCUGUUCCGGACCCGACCCCUGGACGCCUCAGACACCCUCAUGUUCAAUGAAAUGUUCUGGGUGUCCAUGUCCUAUCCAGCCCUUCACCAGAAGACCUUAAGAGUCGAUGUCUGUACCACCGACAGGAGCCAUCUGGAGGAGUGCCUGGGAGGCGCCCAGAUCAGCCUGGCUGAGGUCUGUCGGUCUGGGGAGAGGUCGACUCGCUGGUACAACCUACUGAGCUACAAAUACUUGAAGAAACAGAGCAGGGAGCCCAAACCCGUGGGAGCCAAGGUCCCCACCCCAGGGCCUGAAAGCACGGAUGCCGUGUCUGCUCUGUUGGAACAGACAGCAGUGGAGCUGGAGAAGAGGCAGGAGGGAAGGAGCAAUGCACAGACCCUGCAAGACAGCUGGAGGUACGAGGAGACCAGCGAGAACGAAGUGCCGGCAGCGGCGGCGGAGGAGGUUUUCACUGAGAAAGUCUCACCUGCUAGGGGCGAGUGCCCAGCGUUAAAGGUGGACAAAGAGACCAACACAGAGACCCCAGCCCCAUCUCCCACAGUGGUGCGGCCCAAGGACCGCCGGGUGGGCGCACCAUCCCCAGGGCCCUUUCUUCGAGGGAGCACUAUCAUCCGCUCUAAGACCUUCUCCCCAGGACCCCAAAGCCAGUAUGUGUGCCGGCUGAACCGAAGUGACAGCGACAGCUCGACGCUGUCCAAGAAGCCACCUUUUGUUCGAAACUCCCUGGAGCGGCGCAGUGUCCGGAUGAAGCGGCCUUCAUCGGUCAAAUCCCUGCGCGCCGAGCGCCUGAUCCGCACAUCGCUGGACCUUGAGCUGGACCUGCAGGCGACCAGGACCUGGCACAGCCAGCUGACUCAGGAGAUCUCGGUGCUGAAGGAGCUCAAGGAGCAGCUUGAGCAAGCCAAGAGCCAUGGGGAGAAGGAGUUGCCCCAGUGGUUGCGUGAGGAUGAACGCUUCCGCCUACUGCUGAGGAUGCUGGAGAAGCGGAUGGACCGAGCGGAGCACAAGGGUGAGCUCCAGACAGACAAGAUGAUGCGGGCAGCCGCCAAGGAUGUACAUAAGCUUCGAGGCCAGAGCUGUAAGGAGCCCCCAGAAGUGCAGUCUUUCAGGUAA